AUGUCGACGGACGUUUCUACUACUGGUGUAGAGGUUGGAAACCUUGAACACAAACCGAUUGAACCAAAACCGGUCGAAAAAAAAGGGACCACUAGCGGUGUACGACUACAAACCGCUCCUGAAGGAACGUACAAUGGUAUGAUUGAUGUUUCUUAUAACCUUGGUAAAAAUCUCGUAUACGCUUCUACUCCAAAUCGCAAAUCGCGAGAGCUCAGUUCAUUGGAAUAUACAAUUGCUGGUGGUAUAUCUGCUGGUCCAACCACAUUAGUAAUGGCUCCAGUUGAAAGGAUUAAAGUUUUAUUACAAAUUCAAGGUCAGGGUGGUGAUGUUAAAUACAAGGGUCCGCUCGACGUAAUACGUCAUCUUUAUAAGGAAGGUGGUUUAGGUAGUAUUUUUCGUGGAACUGGUGCUACGUUGCUCCGUGAUGUUCCAGGAUCUGCUGCCUAUUUUGGUGCUUAUGAAUUUACAAAAAAACUUUUAACUUCUGAUUCUACUUUGAAUCCUGCGGCUGUCUUAUUUGCUGGUGGUAUGGCUGGUGUCGCUAUGUGGACUAUUUGUAUUCCACCUGAUGUUAUUAAGUCACGCCUUCAAUCGGCUCCUUCUGGUCAAUAUAAGGGUUUUAUGGAUGUGUUACGUCACUUACUUAAAACGGAUGGUCCAUCUGCUUUGUUUAAGGGUAUCGGUCCUGCGUUAUUAAGAGCUUUUCCUGCAAAUGCUGCGGCUUUCAUGGGAUACGAAGCUAAGGCUAUCACUCCCAAAGAGGAAAAAGCUCAAGAAGAGCCUGGUUUUAAAGUUUUUGUUGGAAAUUUGGCUUUCCAAACCACUGAAGAUCAGUUAGCCGACUUUUUUAAUAAGACCGGUAAAGAGGAUGCGAAUAAAGUCGUUGAAGAACUUAAUAAAAAAGAAUUGGAUGGCCGUCAAAUCAAUGUAGAAGUUGCCAAGCCUAAGGAAAAUACCACUGCUCCUACUUCUAAUCCUGGUCAUUCCUACCAUGGUCCUGGUUCGCGUCGUGGACGUGGAAGAUUUCGUGGUAGGGGUAGAGGACGUGGUAGGGGUCGUGGACGGGGCAGAGGUCGCGGUCGUCGUCGAUUCAACCGUGGUGGUGAUGACGGCAAUAUUGACAAUGAUUCUACUGCCAUUGUACCCUCUGAUGCCCCAACUGCAAAUGCUGGCGCUGCUAAAACUGGUGAACCAUCUAAAACGAUUGUAUUCGUUGCCAAUCUACCCUUCUCCAUUAAUGAUGAUGGCCUGAAAGAAAUUUUUAAAGAUUAUAACGUUGCUAAUGCACACGUUGUUCGUCGUCGUGGUGGGCGUUCAAAGGGUUUUGGUUUCGUCACUUUUACUGACGAAGAAGAACAAAAGAAAGCCUUAGAAGGGUUAAAAACCGCCACGUCUGAAGGUAGAGAGUUGGUUAUUAAAGUUGCAUUAAGUGACCAACAUAUUCAACCUGGUGAUGAUGUUGAAAAGACGGAAGCGCCUGCUGCUUCCUCUGAUGAGAAGAAAGAAACUGCCGCUUAA